UAAAUACCGAAUUACUUCACUUCUUCUCUGUCAUUUGCCUGAAAAACACAGAUUUGUUGCGCCUGGGCUUUAAUACAUCUUGAUAAAAAGAUUAAAAUGGAUAAUAAUGGAGCUAUAUCGCCGGGAUCGGAAAAAGAGAAUUCUUGUCGAAAACCAAAAUUAGCCUUUUCCAUAGAAAAUUUGAUAGAAACAACAUCUACAGAAAAUGUCUCCAAAGAUGCCGAAAUUACAUCAGCACAUGACGAUCAUCAUUCAAGCCAGAAUGCCACAAAGGAAAAGGCAUGGACGCCGAAACAAAACCAUUCUCUAGAUCAACAACGGAGAAUAUCCCAAACAGUGCUGCACAGAGGGGAAGAGGAAUGGUUAGAAACUGGAAGUACCUACAGAAAGAGAAAAUCCGACUAUCUGAGGACCAUCCAAGAACAGAGUGCGGCCAUGUUAGGGUAUGGCCCAGUGGUACACCCGGCGUUUUUGUACGGGAGGAUGUCGGUGGAGGAAUACCAAGCAUAUCUGUUUCGCAAUUAUUCACUGCUGCAGCAGCAGAUGACCCCUCUGCCUUCCCGAGACCACGCUUUUGAAUGGCUAAGAUCUACCGGUGUUUCCAAAUACCACAACACCUUGAAAAGUAAAAGCUUCGAUGGUCCUACGUCUGAUGCAAAGCAACGCGAUCUUUUCAAAAGAAGGACAGAGGCGAAGAACGAUACAGUAGUAAUUGACGACAUCAAACCAUUUACUGACCAAUCUACCCAAGAAAAGGAUAGUGAAAAAAGUGAUUCUAUUUCGAACAAUAAGCAGAAGAAACCAGCAAUAAAAAAUAACAAGACUUUCACUUGUCCAGAAUGUGGAAAAGUGUUCAAUGCUCAUUACAAUCUGACCCGACACAUGCCCGUCCAUACCGGCGCCCGGCCGUUCGUCUGCAAAAUCUGCGGGAAAGGCUUCCGCCAGGCAAGUACUCUAUGUCGUCAUAAAAUUAUUCAUACUUCGGAAAAGCCUCACAAAUGCAGCACAUGCGGCAAGGCCUUCAACAGGAGCUCAACACUAAACACACAUAUGCGAAUUCAUAUGGGCUACAAACCAUUCCAAUGCGAGUUCUGUGGCAAAGGUUUUCAUCAGAAAGGAAAUUACAAGAACCAUAAACUAACCCACAGUACAGAAAAGCAGUACAAAUGUAGCAUUUGCAACAAGGCUUUCCAUCAGAUCUACAACCUCACCUUCCAUAUGCAUACCCAUAAUGAUAAAAAGCCUUUCACGUGCCAUAUGUGUGGGAAAGGUUUCUGUCGGAAUUUUGACUUAAAGAAGCACAUGCGAAAGCUCCAUGAUGGAAGCCAAAUCCCGGGCCCCUCUUCGUCUCCUGCCGCCGUGAACGUUUCGUCCAGUGCUCAGAUGUUGAGGAAUGGGGCCGUUUAUCCUCUAGCAAACAACGGACAGAGUUCUAUGGUCAGCAACCGUUCUGCUUUUUUCGGACAUUCUGCACCUGUGAGUUGUCAAAGGAAUAUUUUUUCUAAUUAUUUAUUGGGGUCUGCCAAUGCAGAUUUUCUACACAAGUUCUCAUCAUACAUGUAGGGGUAUCAUUUACUUUUCCUCACUGCUAACUUAACUUUUGAUUUUUUUUAUGAUACGUAUUUU